ACAUGUUUGAUGGACACAAAACAGCGCAUGUUUGAGCCUCACCUCUGUGAUGACAACAUUGUUAUAAAACAGAAGCAGUCACUUAUUUCUAACAAAAUAGAGCAGACUGCUUUCAGCUGGUUCUUUCUAUUACUCUUCGCACAAACCAAGCAAUUGCAGCAGUUUGAACUUUUUACUGUAAUCUUAACGUCGGCAACUUUCAGGCAGAUCCUAUGCUUUAUUUAUACAUCUAGACUUAAUGUGAAUGCAUGUAAUGUACAGGAGGUGGUAAAUAUAGUUUGGGACCUUCAAAUGAAUAACAUCGUCAACUCUUGCAAGAAUCUGAUUGACAACUGUGCUUAUGUUGCUGGAAUGGCCCAGGAGGGAAAACAGUGCUCCCAGAUCCCUCAAUUUUAUGGUAAUGCUGACAGAGAACUUGAUUUAUCAACCAAGAUUUGCCCUAGAGAAGGGAAUAAACCCUAUCUGGUGAAAGUUGAGGAUACAAUGGCAAAACGACACUUGAAAGCAAGAGAUCGAACAUAUUAUGAAGAAAGUAAAGGAGUUGAAGAUGUUCAUGGAAUGGAAGGAGAUGCAGAAGAUUCUGACUCAGAUGACCAAGGAUCCUAUAACCGGGAGCAAAUCAUUGUUGAAGUGAACCUUAAUAAUCAGACUUUACAUGUGUCUAAAGGGACAGAAGGUGUAACUUCACAGUCUGAAAAAUCAGCCAUGGUUGACUCGAGUGAUGGUGAAAAUGAUGAAGGAGAUGAUGAGGAUGAUGAUGGUAUUGACAUAGAAGAUAAUGGACAAAGUAAUGAAGAAACAGAAGAUAUCAAACACAGAAAACCUAAGGAAAUGACCAGAUUGAAAACAACAGAAACAACUCUUUCAAGGGAAAGUGCAAAGAUUCAGUUACCUGAACAGAGAAAGAAAAAAAAUAAAAUUUCUAAACCUCCAACACAGAAAGAAAAGCAGAUUGAAGAAAAGCAGAAUCUCACCUGUGAAAAAUGUCCCAGAGUCUUCAACAAUCGUUGGUAUCUUGAAAAACACAUGACUGUCACUCACAGUCGAAUGCAGAUAUGUGAUAAGUGUGGAAAAAAAUUUGUGUUGGAAAGUGAACUUGUUCUUCAUCAACAAACUGAGUGUGAAAAGAAUAUUCAGUGUGUUUCCUGUGGAAAAUCUUUCAAGAAACUGUGGUCUCUGCAUGAACAUAUCAAAGUUGUCCAUGGCUUCGCUGAAAAGAAAUUCUCCUGUGAGAUUUGUGAGAAGAAGUUCUACACAAUGGCUCAUGUUCGAAAACACAUGGUUGCACAUACAAAGGACAUGCCAUUCACCUGUGAAACAUGUGGAAAGUCUUUCAAACGCAGUAUGUCUUUGAAGGUCCAUUCUCUUCAACAUUCAGGAGAAAAACCUUUCAAGUGUGAGAACUGUGAUGAACGAUUUCAAUACAAGUAUCAACUUCGCUCCCACAUGAGUAUUCAUAUUGGUCAUAAACAAUUUAUGUGCCAGUGGUGUGGCAAGGAUUUUAACAUGAAACAGUAUUUUGAUGAGCAUAUGAAAACUCACACUGGUGAAAAGCCAUUUAUCUGUGAAAUUUGCGGAAAAAGUUUCACAAGCAGACCCAACAUGAAACGCCAUCGCAGAACUCAUACCGGGGAGAAGCCAUACCCUUGUGAUGUCUGUGGCCAACGAUUCCGAUUCUCUAACAUGUUGAAAGCUCACAAAGAGAAGUGUUUCCGAGUAACCAGUCCUGUCAACUUCCCAACCAGUGCUACCACUGCCUCUAUUGCCAUCACAACUACUUCCUCACUUCCACCAGUCACCAUAAGCUCUCUCAGUUCAUUUCCUCCGCGACCAAUGCCCCAUCCACUUUCUCAUCUGCAUCUUCAUCACCAUACACUUUCAAUUCCAACUGUUGCACACCUUCCACCACCACCACCACCAGCCCUCUUCAAUUCUGAAGCAGUAAAUCACAGAUGUCACAGCGAGAGCACUUUCCUGCACCAUAUUUCUGAGAAAAGCACUGCAACAGGUGGAAGCCACCAUCACUGAGAACUCAAUAUUUUUACUUUCCACGUAGCUCUGCCGACAGUUUGGUGAUUCUCCUGUUAACUGUGCACUAAGUAGCAAAACAAAGACUGAGUAAUCAUUGGUGAACUACAAAGAUUAUUUUUAUUUUUAUUAAAUUUUAAUGUACUUAUCGAAGAUAUACAACGAGCCCAUUGAACAGCAAAUCAAUUUUUAGUUAAUUCCAUUAUGUAAGAUAACUAAGCUGUCUGUGUACAGUGGACUAAGGUUUUAACCUUUUUAAUUCAGAUGUAACCAGUUUUGUCACUUCAUAUCUGUUAAGAUAUGUUUUUUAAUCUUGGAUUAUAUUAUUUGCAUUAAGAAAAUAUGCUUAUUCUUUUGCAUUGAUUAAAUAUUGUGGGAAAUUUUAAUCCUUUAAAUUAAUCUCAUUCUCUUAAAACACAAGAGAAUUAUAUGUUAUCACUGCUGCAAUGAUUUUUGAAGCUAACAAUUAAGACUAGACCAUGUCUAGCCUAACCUGUCCAUAUGAAGCAUUAUGGAAAAGUUCUGUUAAUACAUGUCUUUCAUUUUACCAAAAAAAAAAGUUUUUAUAUGUCUAUGUAGAAAAUCUAGAAGCAAUUCUAAGAUACAAAUUAUGUCAUUAAGCAUUGUAAUAAUUAUAUUUUUGUUCUUGUAGCUGUUGUAUACAUAAAAUUCAGUUUUACAGAUAUUCAGCAUAUUUAUUC